AUGGAAGAAAAUCCUGUUCCUAUCCAAGAAUAGACUAAGGAUAAAACUAAGUAAAGAAAAGCUAUUGACUGUGAGAUUAAAACAAGGUUAAUAUUCAGUGUAGUUAAUGAUCGUCUCCCAAUUUAUUAGGUAAUGAAGAAUUUCAAUGAUUUAUUAUUUUAGGCUGCUAUUCUCCAUAAAGUUAAAUAUUCAUCAGCAAAACACAUUCUUAGAAAUUACUUCAAUGACUCAGCGAACUUUUUUUCGACAUAAAGAAAGAGGAAGAGAAAAAUACUCUGCACCAAUGUAUUUAUAUUAAUAGAAGCAUGUUCUGGAAAAAUCACAAUAAAGAAACAAUAAUUGAAUUCCAUGUCUUCUGCUAACAAUGGACAGAUUUCAGGGUUGUAACAAAAGACUUUAAGUUAACUUUCUUAUGCAAUAUGUCAAGAAGUUUAGCCGCUUCAAAAGAAGAUCGUUAAAAAAGCAAUAAGAAGAAUUGGAAAGAUUCAACAAGACUUGGAUAAGUUAUACUCGAUCAUAAAAAGGUAGCACAACGAAAUGACGAAUUUAAAGGAACUAUAUUGA